UGAAAGAGUUCCUAGCCAAGGCCAAGGAAGAAUUCCUGAAAAAAUGGGAGAGCCCUUCUCAGAAUACAGCCCAGUUGGAUCACUUUGAUAGAAUCAAGACACUUGGCACUGGCUCCUUUGGGCGAGUGAUGCUCGUGAAGCACAAGGAGACUGGGAACCACUAUGCCAUGAAGAUCUUGGACAAACAGAAGGUGGUGAAGCUGAAGCAGAUUGAGCACACUCUAAAUGAGAAGCGCAUCCUGCAGGCUGUCAACUUCCCGUUCCUGGUCAAACUUGAAUUCUCCUUCAAGGACAACUCAAACUUGUACAUGGUCAUGGAGUAUGUGCCUGGUGGGGAGAUGUUCUCCCACUUGCGGCGGAUCGGAAGGUUCAGCGAGCCCCAUGCCCGUUUCUACGCGGCGCAGAUCGUCCUGACCUUUGAGUAUCUGCACUCCCUGGACCUCAUCUACCGGGACCUGAAGCCCGAGAACCUUCUCAUCGACCAGCAGGGCUAUAUUCAGGUGACAGACUUCGGUUUUGCCAAGCGUGUGAAAGGCCGGACUUGGACCUUGUGUGGGACCCCUGAGUACUUGGCCCCCGAGAUUAUCCUGAGCAAAGGCUACAACAAGGCUGUGGACUGGUGGGCUCUCGGAGUCCUCAUCUACGAGAUGGCUGCUGGUUACCCACCCUUCUUCGCUGACCAGCCUAUCCAGAUCUACGAGAAAAUCGUCUCUGGGAAGGUGCGGUUCCCAUCUCACUUCAGCUCUGACUUGAAGGACCUGCUACGGAACCUUCUGCAGGUGGAUCUCACCAAGCGCUUUGGGAACCUCAAGAACGGGGUCAAUGACAUCAAGAACCAUAAGUGGUUUGCCACGACUGACUGGAUUGCCAUCUAUCAGAGAAAGGUGGAAGCUCCCUUCAUACCAAAGUUUAAAGGCCCUGGGGACACGAGUAACUUUGACGACUAUGAGGAGGAAGAGAUCCGGGUCUCCAUCAAUGAGAAGUGUGGCAAGGAGUUUACUGAGUUUUAGGGGUGUGCUUGUACCCCAUGGGUUUUCUUUCUUUUUUUUCUUUUUUUCCUUUUUUUUUUUUUUCCCGGUUGGGGGUGGGAGGGUUGGAUCGAACAGCCAGAGGGCCCUAGAGUUCUGUGCAUCUAAUUUAACACCCACUCCACCCCCAAGUUAGGGAGAGCAGGAAA